AUGGAUGAUUUUGUAUUGACUAUUGAAGAUGAUACUGAAGUCAUUAUUCCAGAAGAAGAGAGUAGUGACGUUAAUGAUAACCCACAAACAAGUUCUUCUAAUAAUAAGAAAUUAAAUAAAAAGGGUGAUAACAAAAAAGAAAAAAAGACUAAAAAAGAAAAGGAUAAAAAGGAAAUCAAUAAAAAAGAUGUAAACACAGAGAAUGAUAUUAUUAAUCCGGACUUUACAUUCUUUAUCGAUGGAAUUAAUAAUUCAAUCGAACAUCCAUGGGAUUUUAGUGCUGCAAGAGCUGGUCUUAAACCGAAAAUACUUGUGACAUCUAGAACUAUUGAUGAGAUAAUUGAAAAGAAGAGAUUAGAUACGAAGAAAGAGAAAAAUGCUAAGGCAAAUGGUAAUAAUAAGAAUGGUAAUAAAAAGGUUAUUACUAAAUCAAAACAUGGUGAUGAGUUGAGCAUGUCGGAAGAGAACGAUGAUAAUUUAGAAAAGGAAUAUGUCAGUAGUAAGAAAAAGAAAGAAAUUGUAAAAAAAAAUGGAGUUAAUAAAGAUAAGCAAACUGAAAACGAAGAUGAGGAAAACAGUGACGAAGAUGAUCCCUUUGCAUUUGGUGGUGGUGUAGAUUAUGUUAUUGAUGAUGAGGAAGGAAUUAGUGAUUCUGAACAAGAGGAGGAAAAUAAUGAACAUAAGGAGAAACAGGAUGCUAAUUCUGAGGAUGAUAUGAAUGAUGAAGACAUUGAUGAAGAUGAUGAUGAGGACGACGUGGAUGAGGAUGACACAGUUAGCAGUGAAACAGAUGAUGAAUAUGAAAGAGAGCGAAAGAAAGCAUAUUUUGCAGAUAAAUCCGAAAUAAUACAGAAUCAAGAUUUGGCAUCAACAGAAUCAUUUCAAACAAUGAAUUUAUCAAGACCAAUAUUGAAAGGAUUAAGCCAUUUAGGAUUUAUUCAACCAACGCCAAUACAAAAACAAGCCAUACCAAUUGCACUUAUGGGUAAAGAUAUUUGUGGAGGAGCGAUAACGGGAAGUGGUAAAACUAUAGCCUUUUUAGUACCAAUAAUAGAAAGGUUAUUAUAUAGACCAAGACAGACAGCAGAAGUUAGAGUACUCAUAUUAGCACCUACACGUGAAUUGGCUAUACAAUGUCAUAGUGUUGCUAGUAAAUUAGCAGCUUUUACGGAUAUCACUUUAUGUCUUUGUGUCGGUGGGUUAAGUCUUAAGAAACAGGAAACAGAAUUACGGGUACGUCCUGAUAUUGUUAUUGCGACUCCAGGAAGACUUAUUGAUCACGUAAGAAAUUCUGUAUCCUUUUCACUGGAAAAUAUCGAAAUUCUAAUUAUAGAUGAAGCUGAUCGGAUGUUGGAAGAUGGAUUUGCAGAUGAAUUAAAUGAGAUAGUUAAACAUUGUCCAAAAUCACGACAAACAAUGUUAUUUUCAGCGACAAUGACAGAUAAUAUUGAUGAAUUAAUAAGAUUAUCGUUAAAUAGACCAGUAAAAUUAAUGGUAGAUCACAUUAAAGCAACAAAUGCAAAAUUAAUACAAGAAUUUAUUAGAAUAAGAGAACAUCAAGAAAAAAAUCGCGAACUUAUAUUAUUAAUUUUAUGUAAAAAAUAUUUUAAACAUAAAGUUAUAAUAUUUUUUAGAUCAAAGAUGAUUGCUCAUGAAAUGAAAAUUAUUUUUGGAUUAUUUGGGUUAAAAGCUUCUGAAUUACAUGGUAACCUUUCACAAGAGCAAAGGUUGGAAGCGUUAGAAGCAUUUCGUGAUGGUAAAGUAGAUUAUUUAUUAGCUACAGAUUUAGCAUCACGUGGAUUGGAUAUUAAAGGAAUCGAAACAGUUAUUAAUUAUAAUAUGCCACAAAGUUAUGAUCAUUACAUUCAUCGAGUUGGUAGAACUGCUCGAGCAGGCAGAAAUGGGCGAUCCGUUACAUUAACAGGAGAGGAAGAUCGUAAAUUAUUAAAAAUGGUGUUAAAACAUUCACAAAAAGAACAAAUUAAAAGAAGGAAUAUAGAUACAGAGUUAAUAAAAGAAUAUGCUGAAAAUUUAGCAGGUAUUAAAGAUAAAGUAAAAGAAGUACUGAAAGAAGAAAAGGAAGAAAAAUUAAUUAAACAAACUGAAAUGGAAUUAUUAAAAGGCCAGAAUUUGAUCAAAUAUAAGGAAGAAAUUGCGAAUAGACCUGCUAGAACUUGGUUUCAAACUGAAAAAGAAAAACAAUCAUCAAAAAAUCUUUCUGUUGAAGAGUAUAAUGAAAAAUUUGAUAAUGCCUUUACUGUUGUACCAAAGAAAAAAGGUGUUGAAAAGGAAAAAAGUAAAGUCGGAAAUGUUAUUAAAAAGAAAGUUAAAAGUGGAGGUGUUGUAAAGAAAAAAGGAAAGAAUAUUAAAAAAAGAAAGUAA